AUAGUGGACAAGAGUGUUUUAAAAUGUUUUGUUGUUGCUUGCUAUUCACUGUAGCUUUUUAAUUUUAGUCGCGAAUCAAACACAUUGCGAAAUAUUGAUUAAUUUUUAAAAUAUUGCAAAACGCAGAACGUUGUUGCAGGUAUUAAAAAAUCUAGGUUUAAACCAAAUAAUAUCGUUAGGCGGUGACGUUGCCGAUGCUCUAAUAGAACAGAAUUGCAAAAGUUAAUGCCAGGAAAAAUAUUGGAUUUUUUAACGCAAUGACCUGGCACCCCUGCGAAGUAUGUGCGUGAAAAAUUUUUCAUUAGUUUAGCUGCUAUUUUCUAGUCAUUCGAAUAAAGAGCGCAACUUAAGUAUUUUUUCUCCAAUCGAUAUCAUAUAAUGGGGAAAACUAAAUUUGAUCGGAACUGGAUGACGUUGGUGGAUCCCAACGGACAACUUUUCUCCGAUUACAUCAUAUACGACGAAGAAAACCAAAGUACACUUUUUAAAGUGUACUGUCGUAUUUGCAACCGUAAGAAAAUCACGUUCGAUAAUCGAGGAAUCUCUGCUUUGAAAGAUCAUGCUCGAAGUGCUAAACAUAAAGGAUUAGCCAAUAUAAACUCGAUGCCUCAGCAGUUACGGUUGAAAGCAACAAGAGAAGCUUCUGUUAAACAAAAUGAACCUGGCACUAAACCUGCUAAUGAGGCAAAUACAAUUCGGCUCUAUGCUACUAACGAGCAAAUAUUGGAGAAGGAAUUGAUUUGGACGAUACACGCUGUUUUGAAAAACGAGUCCUUCAAUUCCGCCGGAAAGGACGAUAAGAUCUUGCGACUCAUCGCACCAAACGACCUUAAAGGGUUCAAUCUGAAUCGGCAGAAGAUGACUCAUUUUGUUAAUGAAGCUAUAGGACCAUAUUUCAAAGACCUUUUCUUAAAUGAUGUCAAAGGGAAAUACUUUUCGCUUCUGUUCGAUGAAUGUGAAGCCAGCAAUAAGUUAAAGGAGCUUGGAAUAUUGAUAAAGUACCAUUCACCGAAGCUCGAAAGGCUUAUUAGUUUCCAUCUCGAAAGCAAAUUCAUAGGUAAAGCUACAGCGGAAGUAUUACUGUUGCACGUAAAUGAUGCUCUACGUAACAAUAAUAUGAGUACAGACUUCUUAGUUAUGGUUGGGCAUGAUGGACCAAAUGUAAAUAAAUCUUUUUCAAGAAAGUUGAACAACGAGUUAAUCAGAGAACGUGGGUACGGAUUAAUCUAUAACAAUUCUUGCAUAAUACAUACCAUACACAAUGCUUUCCGCUAUUCGGUUAAGAAGUUCGGAUAUGAUGUCUCGGAUCUUGCAAAAUACUUAUUUUAUUACUUCGAGGUUCCUGCAAAAUGGGAAAACUUUCAUAAAAAUUGCAACAAGAAACCUAAACGUUUUCAAAAACACAUCGAGACGCGAUGGGCAUCUCUUGGAGCAGCUGCGUCGACUAUACUUGCAAAUUUUGAUCAACUUAAACAACUCAAGCUAAAUAUUCAAAAAAUGAAUAAGCACAGUUUCUAUGAGAAAGAAAUUUUGAAAUUACUUACCCUUCCUGAUAUAAAAGAACAGAUAAUGUUCAUUAUUGAAAUAACGCAAGAAGCAGAAUCAUUGAUAAAAUUUUUGGAAACAAAUGAUUUUAUAUUGUUUGAUGUUUACGAUAAGAUUAAUAAGUUUAUCGCAAUGUUUUUGACGAGAUUCUACGAUCCCGAAAAAAUAGCAAUUGCGCUGGAUGAAAAAAGGUUACAGGAGGAUGAUCUCUUGAGCGACGAAGAUGUUAUUAUUUACAAAUCGGUUUGUGAUGGUGCUGGAAAUACCGUACAGUGGCCUACAUUCAAACAACGCGUCAAGAAACAUUAUUUCACAUUUGUAAAUUAUUUGUUCGAAAAAAAAAUUCUUUGCAAUUUUUUGAAGCUUGUUAGUUUUAUGAAACCCCAAAAAAUUAAAGAUGGGCAAUCGUUUCAGCAAUUGGUCGAGCUGGCCGAAUUGGUGAAUUUCCACCUUGACAAAACCAAAAUUUACGAGGAGGUGGUUCUGGCAAGUGUUUUCUUCAGUGGACAAAACUUCGAUUGUAUGCUCUCCGACCUCGAGUUCUACAAAUUGCUAUUUCAGCAGAGCUGUUGCCAGGAAUUACAAAAACUUUUCGAUAUAUGUUCUUGCGUUUCGCAUUCUAACGCGGAAAUCGAAAGAAGAUUUUCACACUCAAAAAUAUUGAUGUCUGAUGGAAGAUCCCGUCUCGGUGAAAACACAUUCAAUAAUGCAAAGAACAUAAUAAAUGGAAUGCUAUUCUUCGACAAUAUGGUCACUAAUUUUGUUUGUGAUAAAAAUCUCAUUCUUAAAGCAAAAUUUGCACGACAGGCUUACGAAGCGAAGAUGGACAAGAAAAGAAAUGAAGAAGAAAAUGCUCAAAGGAAACAAGAUGAAGAGGAAAAGAAAGACAUUCAGAGUAAAAUCCGACAACAAGAGAAGGCGCUGUCUCAGAAAGCAAAAGCUAAGCAGGAGGCGAUGAAUUUAAUUGAAAGAGAAAUUAAAAAGAUUAAAUCAGAUCAUCCGGAUGUGGCCUACCUUAAAAUUCUUCUUUCCGAGAAGGAAAAGCUUGCCGAGCAAGAAGAUAUUGAAGCAAAAAAAUUAGUUUCUCUGAAGUCUGUUUAGCUUUUUCAAAAUUACAGAAUUGUAAGCAAUUUAAUUUUCACUGUUACAAUUCAUCUAACUAAGAACAUCUAAAAAGAUAUAGAAUAAAAACGAAAUCAUUUUCAUGGGAUUUUGUAUGUUGAUUUAUUUAUUGUGUUUAUAUGAUAAACUAAUGGACAUUUUUAAAUUAUAUUCAAGUAGAUUUGCAAGUUCUGCGGUAAGUAUCAUGCGCAUAAAAAUUGUGGUACAAACGCUUCGCUCGAAUAUCGCGCGUUUUUAUUUUCAACUUGGCGCGGAUUUCGCGCGUUUUAGUGUUCGACUUCGCGCGGAUUUCGCGCGUUUUGAUUUUGAAAUUUUUCGUAACAACCCUGUAUCUAUACCGAUUUAUCAGCUGCUUUCGACAAGAUCAAUCAUGAUAUCGCUCUAGCGAAACUCAACCGCCUUGGAUUCCAUGGUAGAUUUUUAGACUGGAUAAAGUCCUAUCUCGUUGACCGCAAAAUGUCGGUAAAAAUUGGUGACACUGUUUCUAAUUCGUUUUCCAUUACUUCUGGUGUGCCACAAGGUAGUCACCUUGGACCUCUUCUGUUCCUGCUUUGCAUCAACGACGUUAAUCUUUCCCUGAAGUGCUUGAAGCUCUCGUAUGCAGACGACUUUAAACUGUUUUUAAAAGUUGAUAGCCAAAGCGAUGCUAAAUUUCUCCAACAACAACUUGAUAUUUUCGGUAAUUGGUGUCAGGUCAACAGGAUGGUACUAAAUGCUUCAAAGUGUUCUAUCAUAACGUUCAGUCGCAAAAGAAAACCGAUCAUUUUCAACUAUUCGCUUCUCGGGACCGAGCUAAAUAGAGUAAGCUGCAUUAAAGAUCUAGGAGUCCUACUUGAUAGUAAAUUAACUUUUUGCGAUCAUAUAUCAUAUAUCGUUUCUAAGGCAUCCAAACAACUCGGAUUCAUCUUCUGAAUGACGAAAUCAUUCAGUAACAUACACUGCUUGAUAGCAUUAUAUAUUGCCCUGGUUCGCUCUGUUCUCGAGUUUUCUGCAGUUGUGUGGUCACCUUAUUACCAUGACGGGGUACAACGCAUUGAAGCUGUGCAGCAUAAAUUCAUCCGUUUUGCCUUACGUCAGCUGCCUUGGAGAGACCCCCAUAACCUUCCCAGAUACGAACUUAGAUGUAAUCUCAUUGGACUUGAGUUGAUCGACGCAAUGUUUCGAAAGCAAUGUUUGUUACCGAUUUAAUCUUGGGAAACAUCGACUGCUCCAGCCUUCUCGGACAACUCGAUAUAAAUAUCAGACGUAGAACUCUCCGGAAUAACCCUUUUCUUGUUCCCCAGUUUGCUAGAACGAAUUAUGCGAAGAACGAACCUGUAUCAAGAAUGAUUCGUAUAUUUAAUCGUUGUUAUACUAUUUUCGAUUUUAAUCUGUCUCGUACUACUCUCAGACGCUCAU